AUGGAUGUAAGAAGGAACACAACACACUGCUACACCCCCCCUCCAGCAGAUUCAACCCCACCAAGUGUUAAUCCACGCCAGCUUAAUCAGGAAGAAACAAGGGCGAACACCAACAGUGAAACCAGUGGAGUAACUAGUGAAGGUGCUGCCGUAACUGCUACAACUGGGGCCGGCGAGCGAGUCUGUCUUAGUGUUGUUCCAGUCAAGGUCCUAGCCAAAGGUAGCAAUUUGAUACCUGUUGAAACAUAUGCGUUGUUGGACAGUGGCUCAGAAGUGACUCUUUGCCAUGAAAAGUUGAAGGAGACAUUGGGUGCAAGCGGCACGAGGCUGGACUUCACUUUAGCAGGGAUGACGGGCUCAGCCAGAGUGGAAAGUCAACAAGUAGAUCUUGUGGUGAUGUCAAUGGAUGAAUCAGUGACAGUGGAACUUUCAAGCGUCAGGACAGUCAACCAUAUGCCUAUAACUGAGAGCUGUAUAGCCAAGAAGGAGGACCUUGAAAAUUGGCCUCAUUUGCGUGAUAUUGAGUUACAACAGUUGGACAUCACAAGUGUCAUGUUAAUUGUUGGUCUUAAAGACAACCCGAGCUUGUUCUUGCCGUUAGAAUGCCGAGCUGGUGGCAAAGGAGAACCAGUAGCAAUUAGGGUACAGCCUGGGAUGGACGGUGAUAGGUCCUGUUGGUGGAGA